GACCCAGGGCGUCCGGAGCGAACACAUCAUGCAGGGCACGCAGGAUAGCGAUAUCGGCCUGGAGGGCUUGUCCCGCGGGGGCGCAGCUGCGGACCGUGAGUGCCAGCGAGGACCGGAAACAAUCGCGCACGAGGCACAGGGCGCAGGAUCCCCCAACUCAGAGGCCACCGGGGCCGUGGAUGGGGAGCGCGCGGCCACCAUGAGGAUCCCCGAGAAGUACUCGACGCUCCCAGCCGAGGACCGCAGCGUCCACAUCGUGAACAUCUGCGCCAUCGAGGAUCUCGGCUACCUGCCGUCCGAGGGCACGCUGCUCAACUCCCUGUCUGUGGACCCUGAUGCCGAAUGCAAGUAUGGCCUGUACUUCCGGGAUGGGAAGCGCAAGGUGGACUACAUCUUGGUGUACCAUCACAAGAGAGCCUCGGGCAGCAGAACUCUGACCAAGAGGGGAUUGCACAAUGACAUGGUCAUGGGGACCCGCAGUGUCAGGCAGGACCAGCCCCUUCCCGGGAAGGGGAGCCCCGUGGAUGUGGGCUCACCCGAGGCCCCCAUGGAUUACUACGAAGAUGACAAGCGCUUCAGACGGGAGGAAUAUGAGGGCAACCUGUUGGAGGCCGGCCUGGAGCUGGAACAUGACGAGGAUACCAAAAUCCACGGUGUCGGCUUUGUGAAGAUCCAUGCACCCUGGCAUGUGCUCUGCAGGGAGGCUGAAUUUUUGAAACUGAAGAUGCCCACAAAGAAGGUGUACCACAUCAGUGAGACCCGAGGUCUCCUGAAAACCAUCAACUCGGUUCUGCAGAAGAUCACAGACCCCAUCCAGCCCAAGGUGGCUGAGCACAGACCACAGACUACAAAGAGGCUCUCCUACCCCUUUUCCCGGGAGAAGCAGCAUCUAUUCGACCUGACUGACAGGGACUCCUUUUUCGACAGCAAAACCCGGAGCACAAUAGUCUAUGAAAUUCUGAAGAGAACAACCUGCACCAAGGCCAAGUAUAGCAUGGGGCAAGGAGAGGGAAGAAGGAAGGACUCUGCCCUUCUAAGUAAACGGCGGAAGUGUGGGAAAUACGGCAUCACCAGCCUUCUGGCCAACGGCGUAUACUCAGCCGCGUACCCUCUGCACGACGGAGACUAUGAGGGUGACAACGUUGAGUUCAACGACAGGAAACUCCUAUAUGAGGAAUGGGCAAGCUAUGGGGUCUUCUACAAAUAUCAGCCCAUUGACCUGGUCAGGAAAUACUUUGGCGAGAAGGUUGGCCUGUACUUUGCCUGGCUUGGCGCCUACACCCAGAUGCUCAUCCCUGCCUCAAUCGUGGGUGUCAUUGUCUUCCUCUAUGGAUGUGCCACUGUGGACGAAAACAUCCCCAGCAUGGAGAUGUGUGACCAGAGACACAAUAUCACCAUGUGUCCCCUGUGUGACAAGACCUGCAGCUACUGGAAGAUGAGUUCAGCCUGUGCCACGGCCCGUGCCAGUCACCUCUUUGACAACCCUGCCACUGUCUUCUUCUCUGUGUUUAUGGCCCUCUGGGCUGCCACCUUCAUGGAGCACUGGAAACGGAAGCAGAUGAGACUCAACUACCGCUGGGACCUGACAGGUUUCGAGGAGGAGGAGGAAGCUGUCAAGGAUCAUCCUAGAGCUGAGUACGAAGCCAGAGUCUUAGAGAAGUCACUGAGAAAAGAAUCCAGAAACAAAGAGACAGACAAGGUAAAGCUGACCUGGAGGGAUCGCUUCCCAGCCUAUUUCACCAACCUUGUCUCCAUCAUCUUCAUGAUCGCAGUGACAUUUGCCAUCGUAUUAGGAGUGAUUAUCUACAGAAUCUCCACGGCUGCAGCCUUGGCCAUGAACUCCUCCCCCUCAGUGCGGUCCAACAUCCGGGUUACGGUCACAGCCACGGCUGUCAUCAUCAACCUUGUGGUCAUCAUUCUCCUGGAUGAGGUUUACGGCUGCAUUGCCAGGUGGCUCACCAAGAUCGAGGUCCCGAAGACAGAGAAGAGCUUCGAAGACAGGCUAACCUUUAAGGCCUUCCUGCUCAAGUUCGUGAACUCCUACACUCCCAUCUUUUACGUCGCCUUCUUCAAAGGCCGGUUUGUCGGACGACCGGGCGACUAUGUGUACAUCUUCCACUCUUUCCGGAUGGAGGAGUGUGCUCCAGGUGGCUGCCUCAUGGAGCUCUGUAUCCAGCUGAGCAUCAUCAUGCUGGGCAAGCAGCUGAUCCAGAACAAUCUCUUCGAGAUCGGCAUCCCGAAGAUGAAAAAGUUCAUUCGCUACCUGAAGCUGCGCAGGCAGAGCCCCUCUGACCGCGAGGAGUAUGUGAAGCGGAAACAACGCUAUGAAGUGGACUUCAACCUCGAACCCUUCGCCGGCCUCACGCCCGAGUACAUGGAAAUGAUCAUUCAGUUCGGCUUCGUUACCCUGUUCGUUGCAUCCUUCCCUCUGGCUCCACUGUUUGCCCUGCUAAACAACAUCAUCGAGAUCCGCCUGGAUGCCAAGAAGUUUGUCACUGAGCUACGGAGGCCAGUAGCCAUCAGAGCCAAAGACAUUGGCAUCUGGUACAACAUUCUCAGAGGCGUCGGGAAGCUGGCUGUCAUCAUUAAUGCCUUUGUGAUCUCCUUCACGUCUGACUUCAUCCCUCGCCUAGUGUACCUCUACAUGUACAGUCAGAACGGGACCAUGCACGGCUUCGUCAACCACACACUCUCCUCCUUCAAUGUUAGUGACUUCCAGGAUGGCACAGCACCCAAUGACCCACUGGACCUGGGCUAUGAGGUUCAGAUCUGCAGGUACAAAGAUUACCGUGAGCCUCCGUGGUCAGAACACAAGUAUGACAUUUCUAAAGACUUCUGGGCUGUCCUGGCCGCCCGACUGGCCUUUGUCAUUGUUUUCCAGAACCUGGUGAUGUUCAUGAGUGACUUCGUGGACUGGGUGAUCCCCGACAUCCCCAAAGACAUCAGCCAGCAGAUCCAUAAGGAGAAGGUUCUCAUGGUGGAGUUGUUCAUGCGUGAGGAGCAGGGCAAGCAACAGCUACUAGACACGUGGAUGGAGAAGGAUAAACCGAGGGACGUGCCUUGCAACAACCACAGCCCCACAACCCGGCCAGAGGCAGGUGACGGCAGCCCAGCCCCCAGCUACGAGUACCACGGGGGCAUGCUGUAGUCACGAUGACAGGCCAGCAGGCUUCUGACCAUCGCCAAGUGACCACCCGGUUUCCCAGAGCCAGCACUUUCAGCCCCACCAGGGCCUGUGGCUCUUGUCUGCACACGUGGAGGGCCACUCUGAUGUGACAGCCAUCUUCUUCUUUCUGUUUCUUCUCAUUUUUGCACAAUGCCAUUAAGCAGGGACAUUUUUAUCUUUAGUAUUCAAUGCCAAGGAUGACUGGUGACAGGGCUGAAUGGGGUGAGGGCAUGUACCACAGACCCAGGGUGGAGGUCAUAGAGCACCCCCACAGUGGUAAGGGGCCAAGGCCUGAGUCUGCAUCCUUUGUCUGAAGGAUGCCUUGGGAUAGGUACAGAAUGGUGUCCGGGAACCUGGUGAUAUUUUACAGGAGAAUGGAUGACUUAGACUCAGGUUCCCAAAGAUGUCACCUGCUCUAGUUGGACAAGCUGAAUGACUCCACUGUCUCUCCUUCUGGGAACUCAGAAGUUCAGACCUAGCUACCCAAACUGUAUACGCAUGGUGGCUUUGUACUCUGUGCCAGUAACCGAGGGGUCCAGGUGCCCCAGUUGACCAGCACCGUUGGUGUCCCUGGCAGGCUCCACAUCAGCCACUCGAGGGCCCCUCACACCAAGCUGACACACUCUGUGAGACAAGCUGGGGUGACAGGCGGAGCAUCUCUAAGACACCUGCAGGGCUUCCCCAAGCCCCAGGGCCUCCGUGGGUUCCUUUGCCGCUUUUGAGAACACCUAUUGGUUUGCGUCUAAAACUCAAGAAUGUGGUGGACUGGAGGGAUUUUCUUUCUGUAGCUCAAGGUGGAAGGAGUUUAUUUCAUUAGUUAACCAAAUGCUGAGAGAAAAUUAGAAUAUCGUUACUACCAAAGAUUUUUUUCAAUAAAGGCUUCUAUUUUGGUAACACACCUAUAUUUUCACUCACGGGGACAUGAGAUUCUUGGCACUUACCGUUGUAAUAGCCUCUAAAACAAGCCUCCUGGGCCAGCUUCAGUUUGUGUGCUAACCAGCUGUGCGAGGUCUCUCAGCACUGUAGCCCCAAGUGUCUCGCCCAAGCUGGAAGAGGCAGCUCCCUACACUUGCCUCAGGACAAGGCCAUGAGUCCUGCAGUCGGCAGCUGGGGUCCAAGUCAUGGCCCUCAAAGGUUUUCACUGUUGGCUAAAAUCGUGAGCGCUGAUGCUUCUGUUUUCUCUUGUGCAGUGAGGCGGUUUCCAAUGAUCUUUUGUAUAUAGCUACCAUAUCCAAAAUUAGGUAAUUACCAAAAAUUCUUUUACAGAAACCAUUUUUUAAAAAAACAAAAACAAAAACAAAACAAAACUGAAUGUACACACACCCAUAGGAGACUGUGGCUGAGCAUUUGUCAAAAUAAAUUUGAAUACACAA